AAGCGCAUAUCUAUGAAUGGCACCUUGAAGCACUAACGUACCCGUCCUAAAAGAUACAGCUCUUUGAAGUUAUGCUUAAAGUUAACAAAGAAAACGCCACAAUACAUUUUCCAACCCCGAGGCAGGUGAUGUCACUACGCCUUUAAGGAGAUCUCCCCGCUGCAAGGAGACGGGGGAAAAAAGUUUAAAACAACAGGGCAGGAACAAAAGUUGGGCAAGGCAGCGAGGCUCAGCUCUGAUCUCUUUAGCACGGCAAACUUUCACUCGGGGAACUUUUACAACCAGAGAAUCUGACUCAGAGCAGUUUGUUUACUAACUUGGCAUCAAUGUGGACGUACUUGCAUUUGGAUUGAUCACUUAAUUGCCUAUAGGUGGAGAUUUGUCUCUGUGUGGACAGGCGCACUAGACCAUGUGGAUUACCUGGCUGUCAGCACUGUGGAUAGUCGGCACUAUACACACAUGCAGGGGAGGUUUACUAGCAACCAGAACAGGUGUUCAGUGUCCCAGCUUGCAGGUAGAAGGAUGGAAGUUCUCACGAACCAAUGAACCACAUGUAAACACCACAGGAUUUAACAUUGUCAGAAGGUUCUCUCUGUUGAAGACCCCAGAGAUAAAGAAGAUCCGCAACCCCGGGGGGCCGCUGAUCUUACGGCUUGGGAGACUGCCGCUUAUCAAGCCCACUGCCCAGGUAUUCCCCCACGGCCUGCCUGCUGAGUUCACUCUGGUCACCACGCUGCUGCUGAAGAAGAAGACGGUGAAGGAGAACCUGUACGUCUUCCAGAUCUCCGACGCGCAGGGAUACCCGCAGAUCUCGCUUGGCAUCAAUGGUCCUGAGCGCAGUCUGGAGCUGCGAGCCCGCGGCGCGCACGAGGAAUAUGUGGGUUGUGUGUUCAGUGGCGAUGGCGUGGCCUCCCUCUUCGAUCUCAAGUGGCACAAGAUCGCGCUGAGCGUGCAGAAGGGUGUGGCGGCGGUGCACGUGGACUGCAGCUCCAUCGAGACCAAGCCAUUGGGCGAGAGGCAGGGGGUGGAGCCUGAGGGACACACCCUGAUUGGGCUACGAGCGGAGGAUGGCACACCCGUGGAAUUUGAUAUUCAGCAGAUCACCAUCUACUGUGACCCUGCCCUGGCCAUCCAGGAAGCGUGCUGUGAGAUCCCAGGGGCGAGGUGUCCCCCUGAUGUCUCCAAAAGCCGUCGGGAAGCUGAGGUGAGCCCCAAAUCUAACCUGAUCGAGAUCGCCCCCCAACAAGAGGGCAAAGUGUACACCCGCUGCUUCUGUCUAGAGGAGAGCGAGAUCAGGAGCCAGUGUGCCGGCUGUGCUCAAGGAAUAAAAGAGCAAAAUGAUGAAAAUGCCCAGCGCAUUGUGAAGGCUGAGAAGGGGGAUCGCGGGGUAACUGGGAUGCAUGGAAUGAAAGGGGAGAAAGGAGACCAGGGCUCGGACUGUGUAGGCACCUCUGAAGGUACCACGGGCUCUUGUUCUGAGGGACCGAAGGGUGAAAAGGGAGCCAAGGGGGACAUGGGCCCAAUGGGAUUGGGGUCUACUGGAUCAAAGGGAUCCACGGGUGAUAAAGGGGACAAGGGGGACCCUGGUAAACAGGGACCAGCAGGACAAUCGGGGAAUGACGGUCGCCCGGGAGAGAUCUGUGUUGUCGGCCCCAAAGGUCAGAAGGGUCAGCCGGGGCUGGUCGGACCAGAGGGGUUAGCAGGAGAGUCGGGACCCCCCGGGCCCCCAGGACCCCCUGGAAUGGGAGAGCCUGGACCUCCGGGGAGUCCAGGGGGUCUGCCAGGGCUGAAAGGAAACAAGGGUGAUUCUGGAGUUCCAGGCCGGGAUGGUAACCAUGGCGAUCCUGGACCUCGUGGCCCAGGGGGUUCGAAAGGAGCCAAGGGGGAGCCGUGUGAGGUGUGCCCCAGCAUUCCCAAAGGGUUCCAGGACGUGAUCGCUCUGCAGGGGAAGAGCGGGCCCAAAGGAGAGCCUGGAGCUCCAGGGAGUGGAGAGCCUGGUUUACCGGGACCGGCUGGCCUUAAUGGAAAAAAGGGUGAUAAGGGGGAUUUGGGAACAGCAGGUCUUAAAGGUGAAAAGGGAGAGGCCUGCGAGGGGUGUCCCACCAUCAACGUGUUACCUGCCAAUCUGCUGUCGUCAGGGAAACCAGGACCCAAAGGAGAGAAAGGAGAGGCGGGGCAGGGAGAGAGAGGACUGCCGGGUGAACCAGGAGCUGUAGGUCUGUCAGGACAGAGAGGGGAGAAGGGAAACGCAGGGGAGAAGGGAAAUGACGGGAAAGCGGGCAAGUCGGGACAGCGAGGGUUACCUGGCCUUGAGGGUCUUAAAGGAGAAAAGGGCAACACUGGGGACCAAGGACUUCAAGGCUGGUCGGGAUUAAAAGGUGAAAAGGGAGAGGCGUGUGGUCUGUGCCCCGUUCUUCCCGCUGAGGUGGGCGGCGCUCAGACAGUGAUCAAACUGCCAGGACUGCCAGGAGAGAGGGGGGACCAGGGGGUGCCAGGCGUGGGUGAGCCGGGCAAACCGGUGAGUGCACUGAGCCAGCAAACGGGUAAGCCUGGUACUCCUGGGUUCAAGGGAGACAAGGGUGAGCAGGGUUUCCAGGGAGACCCAGGGACUCCGGGACAGACAGGCAUGCCAGGCCUGUCUGGCGAGGCAGGGACACAGGGCUUCCCCGGGCCGAAGGGGGAGAAGGGAGAUGCCUGUGAGAUGUGCCCCUCCCUUCCCGAAGGACUGACGGACACGAUCGGGAUCCCGGGAAAGAAGGGAGAGAGAGGGGGGCCGGGACCCCCAGGAGUGGGCAUUUCUGGCAAACACGGCAAUCCAGGACUUCCUGGCGUUCAAGGCCCGGUCGGACCAAAGGGCAGUCAGGGCAAGCCAGGGUCUCCCGGAGUCGGAUUGCUUGGACCAUCGGGAGACGCUGGAGAAAGAGGGUUUCCUGGAAUACCGGGGCUCCAGGGUGUAGCUGGUGUGCCAGGGCCUCGGGGAUCAAAGGGAGAGAAGGGGCAUGACGGGCCGCAAGGACCACCUGGCCCUCAGGGGCCUACAGGAGUCGGAGUCGCCGGUCCCCCGGGCAAAGCAGGGAUUCCUGGAGAGCAUGGUGUUCCAGGAGCGGACGGCACACCUGGUGAAAAGGGAACCAGAGGAGACAAGGGGGAGCCAGGAGUGUGCAGCUGCCAGCCCCCACCUCAAGUGGACCCCAACUCCAUCGGCAAGCCUGGGGCCCCUGGAACCCUGGUCACUGGCCACGUGUGGCAGCCAGGCCCCCAGGGGCCUGCUGGACCCCCUGGACCCCCCGGCCCCCCUGGCCCUGGGGGGUCCACUGGUCAACCCGGACGGCAGGGUAUUCCUGGAAAUGAUGGCUUACCCGGGCUGCCCGGCCCGCCGGGAGAUUUACCCCCCCUGUCAAUGGUAGCUGAUAGCAGCAUGGAGGAACUGAAGAAGAUCUGUGGAGGCUGCUCUCAGGGCCACCCGGGUGUUCCUGGUGUGAUCGGGAUCAAAGGGGAGAAAGGGGAGCAGGGGGUGCAGGGUCUCCCGGGGUCAGGAGACCAGGACAGCUGUGAGAAGUGCUUUGAACUCCAGAGAGAAGAGGCAAGGGGCGACAGUGACAACAGAGAGGGCGGGGCGGGCUGCCCGGGAGUGUCAGGGACCCCUGGAAUGCCGGGAAUGCAGGGAGACAAAGGCGAGCAAGGGCCUCAGGGACAAAGAGGAUUCCCAGGUUCACCAGGCAGUAUGGGCCCUCCAGGUUUCCCUGGUUCUCCUGGUCCGGCUGGAUUACCUGGACUGCAUGGAGAGAGGGGCAUGCCUGGCCCUGAAGGAAUGAAAGGGGAGCAGGGUCCGCCAGGCACUCCUGGCUACCCGGGAUCAAUGGGACCCCCAGGCAUGCCAGGACUGAAAGGGGAGCGGGGUCAUUCUGGAUCCAAUGGAGAGAAGGGCGCAUCGGGUCCUCCUGGAUCACCUGGCUAUCAAGGACCUGCCGGACCAGCGGGGCUCAAAGGGGAUAAAGGUGAAUCUGGGAGCCCAGGACUGAAAGGAGAUCAGGGUUUCCAAGGACAGUCAGGCUUUCCAGGACAACCAGGCCCCCCCGGCUUCCCUGGGAAGGCUGGAUCUUCGGGACCCCCAGGACCUUCUGGAGAGAAGGGUAGUGAAGGACCACAAGGCCCCCAGGGACCCAGCGGACCCCCAGGGUCACCUGGACCCUCUGGCAGACAGGGUGUCCCUGGCAUGGAGGGUUUGGACGGCAAGGAUGGGAAGCCCGGUCUAAGGGGUGAGCCAGGUCCUAUUGGCCCACCAGGACACAAGGGGAUUCCAGGUUUGAAAGGGAAAACUGGACAUACAGGUUUUCCAGGACAGAAAGGAGACAUUGGACCUCCUGGUCAGCAUGGGAGUGCAGGAAGACCCGGAGUCGAGGGUGAUCAGGGGCAGCCUGGACACCCAGGACCUCCUGGACCUCCCGGACACAUAGGGUCGCCAGGAAUGGUGGGGCCUCCGGGGCCAGCCGGACCCUCUGGAAUUGGAGUGAAAGGGGAGCGCGGGCAGGUGGGAGAGAGGGGGCCCCCAGGCAUGGGGGCACCUCCAGGGCCUUCUGGCCACCCUGGGCCGCCUGGGGAACCAGGCAGUGACGGAAAAGACGGAAAAGAUGGAUCACCUGGGGUACCUGGAGAACCGGGACAGCCAGGUCAGAAGGGAGACUCCGGCUCUCCGGGUGAGAAGGGGUCCGCAGGGGAGAGGGGGCGGCCCGGGCCCCCUGGAGGAUUACCGAAGAGCAGCAGUAUGAUGAGCCCCAUCGGGCCCAUGGGUCCCCCAGGAGAGAGAGGCUCCCCAGGAACUCCAGGGCCUGCCGGAGCACCUGGAGAGCCUGGAAUACCGGGAACAGGGGGCGAGUCCAUUAACUUUGAUGAAAUCAAGAGGUUCGUCCGACAGGAGGUCUUAAGAAUCUUUGAUGAGCGGAUUGCAUACUACAUGUCCAGGGUCCAAUUCCCCAUGGAGCAGGUGUCCUCCCCUGGCCGGCCAGGACCUCCAGGAAAGGAUGGUACACCUGGAAGAUUAGGACCACCCGGAAUGCCAGGAAUCCCGGGACAGAUUGGGAGAGAGGGGCGUCAGGGUCUCCCCGGGCCCCAGGGUGAAUUGGGCAAAAAGGGAGAGAAGGGCGACAAAGGAAUUGGAUUGACGGGAGAGUGUGGGCCGCCCGGCAUUCAAGGUCCCCAUGGGCCCCCAGGCUAUGGCAAGACGGGUCCGCCAGGUCCAGUGGGUCAACAGGGUAACCCUGGAGUACCGGGUCCAGCGGGUCAGCCAGGAUCGGCAGGGAAAGAGGGUCGCUGCAACCCUUCAGACUGCUUCAGUAUGAUGGGUGUGGAUCAAUACGAUUCCAAGAGCAUGAAGGGACCAAUGUACUAGAGAGAGAGAGAGAGAGAGAGACAGAGAGAGACCAAGAGAGAGACGUGGAACAGGAACGCAAAACAAUGGACCUGUUUUUUAUUUUUGUUUUUUUUUUGGAAAUAUUCCUAAGAUCCUUUUAAAGCCAUCAUUCACUCUUCAUUCACUUUUUGUACAGCGAUCUUGUGUACGGGGUUUGGACAACAAAUUGGAAACGCCUGCAAUGCUCAGCGCAUGCUUUGAUGUAAAAUGGUCUGUGUAAUGCAUAAUAAAUCCCGGGCGUUAUGUAGUUUAAUUUCUCUGUUUGAUUUGCAUUUGAAAAUGGUCACGUCUGUCUCCCUUCAAAUCAGUGCUGUCCUUUGUGAUCCUACACCCUAUUGACAGGACUGUGUCUGCUGUUUCUACUAUUCUGUCUAACCCCGCACAUGCACCUCUGUUAACAAGCUGAAAUGAACCUCAUCUGAAGCCUGGUGCAUUUUUUUUGGUUAUAUGCAAUUGGUAUUUCACAUCAUUUCCAAUGGGCUCAGGUGUGUGGUGGUGGUGGUUUGCAUUGAGGGAGGAGGGGGUCAGCCUGUACCUGAAUGUUAUUGCAUCAUCAUAAUCCCCAUUCAUUCAUUCAUUCAUUCAUUCAUUCAUUCAUUCAUUCGAGUUGGAGAAGGAAAUAGCUUUCAGAAUGAUCAAAACUGAAAUACUAAUAAUGCAACCGCAUGAUCAAAAAUGUGUACUAACAUGCAGUACAUAUACCAUUUGAAAAUGACAUUGAAUGAUGUCAUUUAACAGGGAAAUGAAUGCGCUUUAUUUUUUUAUUUGAAGCCCCCGACCUUUUAAAUGAGUGCCUCAGUCAAGCAGUGUUUUAUGUGAGAGUAUCCGCUGUACAUAUUUUUAUAUCGUGACCCAUUUACAAACGUUUUUAAGGAGUGUAGCCGGUAUUCCUUGAGCAUGUCCUGCUGCAGUGUUAUUUCUUGAAUGCUUCAGCCUGAACGUAUUUUUUAAUGUCAACUAAAAUGUAAAACGAAGAUAGCCGUUAUAUAUCUGUUUAUAAUUCUGGAACAGUAGGUCUGGACUCUGCUAGAAUAUAAAUGUAUCAUUUUAGAAUAUUUUACAUUUCGUUUUCUAAUAAACCACUCUUCAAAAAUGCUUGCGUUGUACUUGAAAAUUGUUGCUGUUUCAUUCGUUUUAACUCCCUGGCUCCAAAUCUACCCACCGCCACUACCAGUACCUUGGAUCUCUUCAGUCCUGUUUCACAGUAAAAUAAUGGAGACGACUAUAAACUCUACCCAAUGCCGAUCGCAUAUCUGAUUCUGUCCUGUCAUGUGCCCUGUCUUUAAAGCCCAGUUUGAGACCCAUUUGAAAUCCGCCCUUGCCCCCCAAGUCGUUGUGCAGAUAGCAGAGAUGGAUAAGACUGCUGGGUGUUGGUAAGUUGUUUUCGUUGUCCUGGCACACUUUGGGUGAUGGGCAUUGGGAAGGUCACUGGCACAAAUGUGUAACUUUACAGAAACGUGUUAUCUUCUAAUUUACAACGAACCUUGCUCACCCAGCUGGAGAUAAGCCAUUCUGUUAUUCAAUAAUGGAACUGCACAGCUGAGAGAUGACACUAAGUGAUGACGCCUGUUUUUAAAACCAUUGCUUACUACGCUGUGCACCUGCUCUGUGUAUAGGCGUUAGGCUGUCUCUUUACGUAAGCUUUGUUACCUUUUUUUAUCAUUGUUUUCUUUUUUGUUUUGUUGUUUUAAUGCACCCACCUGUUCGGGUAGUCAGUGUUGUUCUUGCAUCUCUGUAUAUAUUAAUCUGGGAUCCAGUGUCCUCUUUUUAUAAAAUGCACCGAGGUUUAUUUAAAUAAAUCCUUCAUUCCUA